GAUUGUACAUGUACAUGUACAUCUUGCGUAUUUUUGAUGUUUCUCAGUUAAAAACCACAAUGUUUCAGUACUUAGUCAUCUCUAUCAUUAUCGUAUUCAUUGUAACUUUUGUGUGGUUAUCAUCUUCGAUCAAACCAAAAUUGCUGGACCUAAAGCAAGCUCAUGUUGUGAUUACUGGAGGAUCAAGCGGUAUUGGCAAGGCAGUUGCUGCUGAAGUCCUGAAGCAAGGAGCAAAUGUUACCAUUCUGGCUAGGAAUCAAACCAGGCUACAGAAAGCCAAGGAAGACCUACAGCAGUAUAUUAAGGACAAGGACAAUCAGAAAAUCCUUUGUAUCUCGGUGGACGUCAGCCAUGAAUAUGCAGCAGUCGAAGAUGCCGUCAGAAAGUCUGCAGAGGAGUUAGGACCAUGUGACAUUCUUGUCAACUCAGCUGGCAUGUCGAGAGCCGUCUCCUUUGAAGAUACAAACAUAAACGAUUUCAAGCGGGUAAUGGAUGCUAACUUCUUAGGGUCCGUCUACCCGACCCGUGCAGUACUGCCGUACAUGAAAGAGCGUAGACGUGGUCGAAUCGUCUUCAUCUCCUCACAGGCCGGCCAGCUGGGUGUGUAUGGUUACACGGCGUACGGUAGCAGCAAGUUUGCCGUCAGGGGCCUAGCGGAGACCCUGCAGAUGGAGGUUAAGCCCUACAAUAUCUAUAUCACUAUCAACUUCCCACCAGAUACAGACACACCCAUGCUGGCUGAGGAUAAAAUCAACAUGCCAAAGGAGACCAUCCUUGUGUCAGAGACAUCUGGCCUGCAUCAACCGGAAGAGAUCGCCAAGAUUGUAGUCAAAGAUGCAAAGCAUGGAAGAUUUCAAAGUUACGUUGGGCUGGAUGGGUUUUUCUUAGCAACCGUCACCUGUGGUAUGUCACCAGUGACUUCACUCCUGGAUGCUCUGUUGCAGGUUUCCCUGAUGAGUCUACUGAAGGCUAUUUCAUUUGUCUUCAUAGCCAACUUUAACAGCAUCGUGAUGAAAUGCUACAAGGAGAGGGAGGGCCAAAAACAGAAGUAGUCUUGGCCACCGAAAUAUUCCACUUCGUUACUCGUACUGACCGGGACCUAAUUUGAUGGACCUGGUGAGGGAAAUUUGUCGAGCAGAUUUGUGUGGCUGAGCAACAGUGAACCAAGCACCUGUUCUGUCCUGUAUAUAUUGGAUAUUUUACACGGUAACCUGUUUGUGCUCAGCAGUUUCUGAGCUUGGUAUAUUUCUGGAUAAACCAGCUCCAAGCCUUGUCCCUGCUGGCCACAUGUACGUGCCUUCACUAGCCCCGGGCAUUUAGAAAACAAAAAUUACACUGAUUGGCCUUUUAGACAUGCUUUUCAGAAUGAAUAUGCAUAAAUAUAAAUUACACUGCACACAUAUUUCAGAGCUAGCCCAUAUUAACACUAACUUAAUGUUAACUCUGGAUUGUAAAUUAACUCAUGUGUAUAAAUGUGAAAAAUGCCACAACACACAUUGACUGCAGUUCCGGGGGAUAUUUCAGUCAAACCUACCAGGCAUGAUUGGAACCAACAUGGUGAGCUGAAGAUUUUACCCCUGGGAACGGGGCUAGCAGCUCCAUGUUGUUGAAUUGUGAUCUGUCCUUGAGAGAAACCAAAGAGGAGGAGCCUGUUUGCGAUUGCACUAUUACCAAAGGCCAGCAUUUGAGGGGAUUCGUUUCCUGGAUGUUUGGAUCUGUGCAUCAGCAGUGCCUUUGGCAGUGCCCCGGGCAGGGACUACUGUGUGAGCACGAACUUUGUUGUUACGAGAAUUGAGAUCGCCUAUCUGUCUCCAAAGUGGCACCUUUUGUCUUCCUAAUGAUCAUGUUGGCACUCGUGCAUGGCUCUAACAUCCCAAAAUUAAGACUGUCGUCUUGUGGGGCAUGGCACACGCAUUCAAAAGUGAGUCUUUCCUUGGAACCAAGUCUUUGUAUUUUCAUUUCUGGUGCGUUGUUAACCCCAAUAUCCACCAGUAUGGGACUGUGUGGAUGUAUUUAUGAUCAUCUGCUGGGUUUCCAUGAUCAUUAUAUUGGGUAAGGGAAACCGACCAAUUUCUACACAUUAAUUUCAUAAUGCAUGCUACAAAUAUGUGGCCAGUGAACCCCACUAUUAACCAAGUGCAAAUAAACUUCAAGUAGAACAAAAUUCUGUCGAGACCAGUUCAGUCAAAUCACACAACAGUGAAUUUUAUUCCCAGCACGUUAUUUUACAUAGUAAACAACUUGGAUUGGCUGUGACAACCUAUACAUGUAUGUGGCCGUGUUGAAAGUCUCAGUUGUGGCUGUCAGUA